AACACCGGCCUAUCGUGCCAGUCCUUGCCAGGCCUAGACGAAGGUGUGCAGUGUAUCAAGCUAAGUCACCAGGCAAGCCAACAGCCUGCACUACGUAAACAGAGCGAACGCUGUAUGUGUGGUACAGUUGGCAGCUUCGCCAUCGCGAUCUUCCUCAGGUCCCCCCACCUUGACGGCCUCCACGUCCGCGCGCUGUCCGCAGAUCAAUCUGUCCCUAUGCUACUUAUGUCGGCGGGAUUGAACGCAGUCAGGAACAGCAGGUGUCCGUUCGCAAGGUCCGCGUGGGCCUGGCCUAUUAGCUGCCGUACCAGUCGGCCUUUCCAGCGGCCGACAAUCCUAGGAUUACCGACACAACAGCCCGACCGCUUCGUCACAGCCCCGCAUAUACUAGCCGUUAGCCGAGCAACCGCCUUCGCUUUACCAAGGAACUUUGCUGUCGCGUUCGGACGUGAGAACUAGCGAUUGUAACCGUU